AUGUCCAGAAGCUCUAAUUGUUUUCGAAAAGGAUUUCCUCUGAGAUCAUUCAAAAAAGAAUUGGAUUAUGCCAAAAAUGAAAGUGGCGCUCAGAUUCACGGUGUUAAGAAUGAUACAGAACAACCGCUAGAUGCUGAAAGUGCGUUAAAUGAGUCAAAUGAACACCGAUAUUUGAGAGCAAAAGCUAACGACAUUACUGAUCGGCGAUACGGCUUCGAAACAUUUGUUGGUCCUGGCGAGCGCAUCGGCUGGCUCGUAAACAUGCACCCCACUGAUUUACUAGAUGAGUCAAAGAGACUGGUCAGUGGCAUCGAUCUUUAUUUUCUUCAAACAGACGGGAACCGUUUCAAAGUUUCGAGACCUUAUCUCCCAUAUUUCUAUGUGCUGGUUCGUGGAGGUCAGGUUGCAGAGCGUGACGCCAACUCGUAUCUAUUGAAACGAUUCUCCGGUCGUCUUGCUGGAAUUGAAGUUGUUUCCAAGAACGAUUUAGAUUUACCUAAUCACCUUGUUGGAAUCAAAGCAACUUACCUUAAGAUGUUGUUUUAUAGUGUGGAUGAGUUGGUUCGAGUUCGCAGGGAGCUAGCUGUCCGGAUCCGUGCAAAUCGUGAGCUGGCCUCUUCGGGAUCUUCUUAUACGAAUAUAUUAGCUGAACACUUCAGAAAUGACGACUAUGGAAUUGUAACUAACCAGUUAAGUGUAAAGCAAAACCGUAGUGAUCCUCUUGAUAAUUUGUUUGAUCUAAGAGAGUCAGAUGUUCCCUACUUAACCCGUGUAUGCAUUGACUUGAAUAUAUUUGCUGGUUGCUGGUAUAUCACAACAUGUAAGCCUGGAUACCCUCCCGAAAUUAAGCAUCAUGAAGAUACGGUGGCUUGGCCUGAGCCUGUGGUAUUGGCAUUCGAUAUUGAGACUACCAAAAUGCCUUUAAAGUUUCCUGAUCCUGCAAAUGAUCAAAUAAUUAUGAUAUCGUAUAUGUUAGAUGGAGCUGGACAUCUUAUCUGCAACAGGGAAAUCCUAUCAGAAGAUAUAGAGGAUUUUGACUACACACCAAGACCAGAGUUUCCAGGUCACUUCACUGUGCAUAAUUUGCAAACAGAAUUAGAUUGUAUUACAUUUUUCUUCGAACAUAUUCAGAGAGUUCGACCAAACAUAUUGGUUACGUAUAACGGCGAUUAUUUUGACUGGCCAUUUAUUGAAGUUCGGGCCGCUAGCUACGGGCUCUCCAUAUCCGAAGAAAUUGGGUUCUCUCGUCAGAAAGGUACUGCGGGCCCUGGAAGAGAUGGAAGUUCUGGCGAGUACCUAUCACGACCAGCAGUUCACAUUGACUGCUUAUGCUGGGUUAAGCGUGAUAGUUAUCUUCCCGUUGGAGCUCGUGGUCUUAAAGCUGUCGCCAAAGCUAAACUACGAUAUGACCCAAUUGAAGUAGAUCCAGAACUAAUGUGUCGUAUGGCUCACGAAUCACCUAGAGAGUUGGCGAAUUACUCAGUGUCUGAUGCAGUUGCCACCUACUAUUUGUAUAUGAAGUAUGUCCAUCCAUUUGUAUUCGCACUAUGUACAAUACUUCCACUAAACCCUGACGAUGUUCUUCGUAAAGGCUCCGGUACACUAUGCGAGGCUCUUUUGAUGGUUCAAGCUUAUGCAGCGAAUAUUGUCUUUCCCCACAAACAGACAGAUGGUGAAUCUGGACCUAACAAUUUGUUGUUGAGUGACUCUGGAAUUUCUGGAAAGUUUACGGAGGACGGACAUCUUAUCGAUUCUCAGACUUAUGUUGGUGGACAUGUGGAAGCCUUAGAAGCGGGUGUUUUUCGUGCUGACAUACCCGUUAGAUUUCGCCUAGUUCCUGCAGCCCUGGAAGCAUUAAGAGCUGAUGUCAAACGUUGUAUGAGUCGAGCUCUACAGGCGGAGAUUGGUGCAGAAGACGAAGAUGCAUUGUUUAGUGUCAUAGCGAAGGAUAAUUUUAACAAGAUUUGUGGACAAGUUGAGGACACCUUACAACAAUUGGCCUCCACACCUAACCGAAUUGAAUGUCCUGUUAUUUAUCACUUGGAUGUUGGUGCCAUGUAUCCAAACAUUAUUCUUACUAAUCGACUUCAACCAUCAGCUGUCGACUCUGGUUCUGCUGCUAAGUGUGCCGACUGUGAAUUUUACAAGCCGGGAAUAUCCUGUCAACGUUUUAUGCCGUGGACAUGGCGUGCAGAGCUCUGGACAGCUUCCAGACCGGAAGUUUAUCGAAUCCAUGCUCAACUUUCCCAAGAACGCUUUCCCAUUAAAUUGACUGACGCUAAUGAAAAGUUCAUCAAGACUGUAAUGAAAUCAUUUCACGAAUUGUCAAAGGAAGAACAAGCUGUAGUGGAGAAAAAGCGUAUCACGGAUUAUUGCCGUCGAGCUUAUAAACGUAUUCACUUAACUCGAACUGAAGAACGCCUUGCUAUGGUCUGUCAACGAGAAAAUUCUUUUUAUGUUGAUACAGUCAAGGCAUUCCGUGAUCGUCGAUAUAAAUUUAAGGGUUUGACAAAGACAUGGAAGCGUCAUUACGAUGAUGCAUGUGCAGCUCUGUCCGCUGGGACAGGUGAUUCAAAUGCUGUAAAAGAGGCUAAUGCGAUGCUUGUAUUGUACGAUAGCCUUCAACUGGCGCAUAAGUGUAUUCUAAACUCUUUUUAUGGCUAUGUAAUGCGACGCGGUGCCCGUUGGUAUUCGAUGGAAAUGGCUGGCAUUGUCUGUCAUACUGGUGCUAAUAUCAUAACUAAAUCGAGAGAAAUAGUAGAACAAAUCGGCCGUGCUUUAGAACUGGAUACUGAUGGGAUAUGGUGUAUUCUUCCUGCAAGUUUUCCGCAAAAUAUUGAAUUUACUGCUGUCGGUCCAAAGCCAUCUCGUAUUUCGAUUUCAUAUCCCGGAGCUGUAUUGAACAUCAUGGUGCAAGAUUUUUUCACAAAUCAUCAGUAUCAUGAAUUAGUUGACCAGGAAACUCUCACUUACAAAAUUCGUUCCGAAAACUCCAUAUAUUUUGAAGUUGACGGUCCAUAUAAAGCCAUGGUUCUACCUGCUGCGAAAGAAGAAGGGAAACGUCUGAAAAAGCGUUACGCUGUUUUCAAUUUCGAUGGGAGUUUGGCAGAAUUAAAAGGAUUCGAGAUUAAACGGAAUGGUGAACUACAGUUGAUUAAAAUAUUUCAGUCAUCUGUGUUUGAGGCAUUUCUUCGUGGGGAUAGUUUAGUUGAAGCCUAUUCAUCAGUAGCUAGUGUUGCUGAUCAUUGGUUGGAUGUACUUUACUCUAAAGGAGCUGAUAUGCCAGAUUCUGAAUUGUUCGAUUUGAUUUCGGAAAAUCGAAGCAUGUCUAGAAAACUGGAAGAUUACGGGAGUCAGAAAUCGACGUCUCUAAGUACUGCUAGACGAAUGGCUGAAUUUUUAGGAGACCAAAUUGUUAAAGAUGCCGGUUUAUCUUGUCGUUAUAUCAUUGCACGGCAACCCGACGGUGCUCCAGUAACUGAACGAGCUAUUCCUUUAGCUAUAUUUCAGGCAGAAGGAUCAAUAAAACGUCAUUAUCUUCAAAAGUGGCUUAAAGAUUCGAAUCUUGAUGAGCAUACUGAUAUACGUGAAAUACUUGAUUGGUCCUAUUAUAUUGAACGCUUGUCGAGUGCCAUCCAAAAAAUUAUCACAAUCCCAGCGGCUUUGCAGCAGGUUUCUAAUCCAGUACCUAGAGUUAGUCAUCCUGAUUGGUUACUUCGUAAAUUAGCUGAAAAAAUGGAUACAUGUAAACAACGGAAGUUAACAGAAGUGUUCGUUUUAAAAAAUCCAGUGACAAAUAAACCUCAAGAACAAAUUACUGAUUUACCAGAUCUAGAAACACUAUGUUCAAGAAAUGACGAGAAAGUUAAGUCUACCACACCCACCAUCACUCGACACCCCCCUGUAAAACGAUUCCGGUCACCUAACAGUCCUUUUAAAUCAUGGAGAGAACAGUUAGGUGAACCUCCAAACUUGGAUGAUGCUAAUACUUCGAAAAAAUUGACUGAAUGGCUGGCGUUUCAUCAAGCUAAGUGGCGUCUCCAAUUAGAACAACGUCAAUAUUUCACUAAAUCUAUGUGUAAUACAAAAACAAAUGGCGAUUCCGACCAUGGUUACUCAUUCAUACCAUCUGCUAAAAGACAGCGUGGUUUGGCCAGAUAUUUGAACCAAACUCGAGUAAAUCUAUUCACAGCCGUAUGGCAGUUUAUCAUCUAUAUGAGUACAAACGUUCCAGAAAGUGUUUACACUGAACACGCUCCAGAAAUUGCUACAGAUUUAGCAAGGCCAGAUGUUGAAGGCGUGUAUGAACUUGGUGUUCCAAGUUUAUUUCGUAUACUAAUGAAAGUAGGAUGUUUGUGUACAGUUGACCGGGAAGCUUUUAGAAAUAAUCAACAUGGACCAGUUUCGGAUGAAGGCAGUUUUAAUUUGGACCAACUAUGUUUCUGUUCUUUGGCCCAACAUCCAUAUUUAUCUGGUUGCGGUCUGAGGCACUUAUUCUUAUUUCACUAUCAGUUGCCUUCAGUAGGACAGGCCAUAACAAGAAAAGAUUCACAAAGACAGCUUUACCUUUUGAUUGUACCAUGGACUAGGUGUGGUUAUGUUUGUGUAAUUGAUAGUGCAAGAAUUAAUCAGCUACCGGAUUUAAAUGUUUUGUAUUUGAGACAACGUACUAAAUGUUUUCCUCAAUAUGAAAACGAAGAUUUCCCUCCGGAUACUUUAAAUUUUGAAGUGCGCACUGAAUCAGAUGCAGUUAUUGGUCGUCGAAUAGUUCAACGUUGGAUUACUGGGCUAUGUAAAAGUAUGGGUGCACGAGAGGCAAAUUCCAAGGAAGCAAACAUAACUAGCUCUCAGUCAGCUGCACCAAUUGUUAUUUUGCUCCAUUCUUCUCUAUCUGCUACACAACAAGAUAUCUCAAGCGGUUCUAAUGAAGUGAAUUGGCCACUGAAUGGUGAGAUAAUUGGACGUCGUCGUAGCCCUCAACUACCUGUUUUAUCUGAAUUUCCUGUAAUUCAGCUUGGUGGCACUAUGGAUGAUGGUGAAAGCCAAAUAGGCGAUGUAGAGUAUAGCAUGGACGCCUAUAGUCUUUUAAAUUGGCAACAAGCGGCUUCUGAAGCACGUCUUGAACGUCAGUUGGAGUUGGCGCGUUAUUUACACAUUCCUGUUGGAAAUAUACCAGUUUCUGAAGCUCCUUUACCUGUUUCGUUGACUCCUCCAAGUCAAGAUAUUCAACCUCCUGCCAGCUCCAUAAAUGCUAUUGAACUGGGUUGUGAUCUAUUUUACGCUAGACAUUUGGUUAAGCAUAAUCAUGUUCUUUGGUGUUCGUCCUCUGGUCGUCCAGAUUUAGGUGGGAAAGAAACAGACGAUCAACGUCUUCUACUUGAAAUGGAAGAAUCUGGAGUAGUUGAAAUCAAUCGACCUGGUCUUUAUCCAUACGUCAAUGUUGAAUUGGAAUUCACUAAUUUGGCUGUAAAUACUUUGAUAAUAGCAAAUCGUAUUCCAGAACUGGAAGGUGCUACACUAUUGUCAUUCGACCGUUUAUCUGCUGCAGAUAGAACUCUUGAAGAGCAGUUAAAUCAAGGUGUUAAUUUAGGUACACAUAUUACAAGCUAUGAUGAAACAGCUGCAUGUAGUGCUGCCUUUCGCAUUCUUCGUAACAUGGUUCUUGCUUGGGUUCGCGAUGUUACACAAUACCAAAAUCCUUUGGCCGAUGAACAAAUCAUUUAUUUUUACCAAUGGCUUCGAUCACCUCGUUCAUUAUUUUAUGAUCCUGCUUUAAGACGUACUGUUCAAAAAUUAAUGAAAAAAGUAUUUCUUAAAUUGGUUGAUGAAAUAAGUCACUUUCAUGUGGACGUAAUCUAUGCAAAUUUUAGUCGCUUAAUUAUGUCUACUCAUAGAAUUGAAUUAUCUGAAGCUUUAGCACGCGUAGAUUAUUUUACACAAUUAUUGCGUACACGCCAAGGAACUCUGUUCACUCACCUGGACUUGCAGUAUGUAACUAGUUGGCGUCAGUUAAUUUGGAUGGAUUCAGCAAAUUACGCUGGUAUAAAGGCCUCUGUAGAAAAUCUAGUCGAUGGUAAAGAUGUUGAAUGGGGUAAAGUGUUAACCAUUCAGCAUCAGUCUCAUACUCAUACUGAAGAUAAGGAAAACAAUAUAGAAGGACAACCUAAUCUUCCUGAUCCCGAGGUUGAUAUGCAUUGGCAUUUAGCACGUUAUUUACCUGAGACACGUGGUUUAAGAAGUAAAUUUCAAAGUCUCCUGGCAGGCUAUCUUUUGGCUAUUUACAAUGCAGUUCGAAAUGAACAUCGACGUUUGAUUGAAUCCAUUAGUUGUUCUUUGAAUGAACCACACGGAUCUCUUGAAUUUGAUGCUGAUAUGAAUAAAGAUCCUAACUGUAUACAUGAAGCGGAAACAACACCAUACAAGUCAGACGCUACUGUCUCUCCUGGAGUUAAGGAAUAUGAAGAACGUUUAUUUAGAGAUCAAUUGGCCCCAGAGUUAUACAAUCUAAUUAUUCGCCUACAACGGAAAGCUGCAUGGAUUGAUCCAGAGUUAGUGAGAAAAACUGACCCGUCAAUUGGUAAUAAUAGGACCUGCCAAUUAAAUAAUGGUUCAAACAUACCUCGAAAUAACGAUCUUGUCAGUGCUUACCUUGCGGAAAAGUCAAUCGGUUCAGGCAUAGAGUUCGAUGCUACCAACAACAACAAAAACUCGAGUCCGAACUUAGUUCUACCUCUUUUACCUGCACAUCAGGCUAUUUAUACUCUGAAUUUCACUCCGCUUCUUGAUUUCAUCAAAUCAUUGUGUGAGGUUUUGAGUUUACAGCCAUUCGCGAAGUUACACAUUGAAAGCAUUAGACAUGACUUACUUCGUUUAAUAAAUGUUGGAGAAUUUUCACCUGAGGCCAUUUGGAUUGCCCCUCAUAUGGUUAGGGAUUGUCCGUUGAACCAAGAUCCAAAUAAAUAUACUUUUGAAACAACUGCUAUUCGUUCUCUACUAGUGUAUCUCCCAGAGGUUGCUUGCCCAACGUGCAAUUUUACACGGGACAUAGAUGUUUGUCGUGAUAUACAUGUUGUCUGGAUAAUGGCAUCUAUGGAUUCAAUGCACAUUGAAACUAGACAAUCAGGUUAUUGGGCUUGGAUAUGCCCACAUUGUCGAACAGUUUAUCCACGUGAUAGGCUAGAAGAAGCGCUUGUUCAACAGCUUGAACAAUUCUCACUUCAGCAUUGUUUACAGGAUCUCCAGUGUCCUAAAUGUACUGUAGGUGGUGGGAUACAGGAGUUGCUGAUUGCAAAUGGUGGGUCAGUUGCUCAGUGUGCUGAUUGUUCUGCGAAGCUGACACUAACUGUUCCAACUGGUCAUGCAGUUUAUCGUCGUUUAGAUGUUUAUCGUAAUAUCGGCGUAUAUUUCGGUUUUGAAUACUUAGAACAAAUCGCUUAUUGGCUUAUCCAAGGAUUACAGCAAUAG